AUGGCCGACACUAAAACCCUGCCCCAAAGGUCGGGCACCAUCAUGACCAACACUUCCGUCCUUAGCGAUGAGGCCGUCCCCGAGGUUGACCCUACCAGCACCGCCGGACUCCUCGCAGAGCGCCUCCAAGCUUGGAAACAUGCCGUCGGAUACCUGGAGGACUACAUGGAGGCCGUUGAGAAGAUUCACAAGGCCCAGUCCAAGGAGUACGAGAAGGCCCUCAAGACCAUCUCCCACCCCUUGAAGGAAGGUCAUCACUUCGACCAGAGCCUCGGCGGCAUUGCAGGCUACUUUGAGAACAUGCGCUCCAACACUCAGGCGAUUAUUAACACCAAUCUCGAGACGGAAAAGAGCAUCAAGGGGUCCGUCCUCCCCGUCCUCGAACGCCUGCACAAGGAGAUCAAGCACAAGGGCAAGGAGCUGGCACAUGGCGCCUCAAAGGGCGCCAAGGAGGUUGAGAAGGCCCGCAACACCACCCAGAAGCACAUUGAGCUCCUCGGCCAACAGACUGCUGCUUUCGAGUCGGCCGGCGGCAAGAUGCACGGAACCGAUGACCCCUAUGUCGUCCACCGAGGUGUCUUGCACAGACUGCACAAGCAGGUCCUGGAGGAGAACAACAACAGGAACGAUCUCAUUGCCGUUCAGAACAACUUUGAGGCCUUCGAGGCCCACACCAUCGAGGUUGUUCAGCAGGCAAUGGAAGCAUUCAUCCAGUUGACCGGCGGUCAGGCCGAGAAGACUCGCGCCCUCUACUCUGACAUGCUGGGUGCGAUCCAGAGAGUCCCGGCCGACCUCGAAUGGAAGGGCUUCGUCUCCCGCAGUGGCGACCGCUUGGUCAACCCCAACGACCCUCCGCGUUCAGUUGAGUCCGUCAGCUUCCCCAACAUGGACCAUUCCGCCGUCAAGCCUCUCAUCGAGGGUUCUUUAGAGCGCAAGUCGCGUAACAAGCUCUCCUGGGGCUACUCUACCGGCUACUAUGUUGUCACUCCGGCCAAGUUCUUGCAUGAGUUCAAGGACUCUGACAACGCCCGCGUUGAUCCCAAGCCGGAACUUUCCAUCUAUCUGCCCGAGGCCGUGAUCGGGGCUCCCAACGGGAACAAGUUCAACGUCAAGGGCAAGGAUAAGAGCAAGUCGAUUAGCUCCAAGCUCACCGGAUCCUCGGAAUUGGCUUUCCAGGCCCAUACCCCUGCCGACGCACAGAAGUGGUUUGAGAUUAUCAAGAACAUUGCGGGAGCGACUGGACCUGCGGAGCCCACUUCGGCGCCCACUUCGACGCCCACCUCGCCUGUUGUUGGAUCCGACGAGAAGAUGCCUACGAUUGCGCCUGCCGCAACCACUCAGUCUGGCCACUCGGUACAGGAGGCUGGAGUCACUGGCGCUGACCCUAGCGCGAGCCCGGAGUUGAUGAGCCCGGUUGACGGCCCAUCUUCCAGCGCUGCGGCUGCUCCCGCUGCUGCGCCUGUUGCGGCGGCGCCGGAGAAGAAGGCCUAA